GUUUCUGGUUGAGAUUUGAGUCACUGAACGUCUUCCGACAGAGACAAAACAUGUCACGUACGUAACGGUUUGAAUUAGCUGUUCAUUUCACAAGUUGUGGAUCACUUGCUAUAUGAUUCCCGUCGUGUUGUUGGCCAACAACCCAGAAGAAUGCCACAGAAAACACUGGGAUCCAUUGUAGGUCUGCUUUGCACCGGGACCUGUUUGGUACAGGGUAAGGAGUUCUGUUUUGGAGUGAACAAUGAGCAAUACCGGUGUGAGAUGGGGUACUGCUGCGGUGAGACGGAGUGCUGCACCUACUACUACGAGCUGUGGUGGUUCUGGCUGGUGUGGACCCUCAUCAUAAUGCUGAGUUGCUGCUGUGCCUACCGUCAUCGCCGGGUCAAGAUGCGGCUGCAGCAGGAGCAGCGCCAGCGCGAAAUCAGCCUUAUGGCCUACCAGGGUGCUUCUAGCUCCUUCAUUUCCCCUCCACCCCUCAACCUGAGGUUCUGGACAGACUGCAAGCUUCCUGACUAUGAAGAGGUGGUGGGUCAUCCCCCGACUCCCCCUCCGCCUUACUCUGAGAUUCCCCCAGAGACCACCACUGCCAUCAUGCUGCCCUCCAUCCAAUCAGAAGUGGUCUUGAUGCUGGAGCCCUCAACAGAGGACGCGCCAAGAGAGGAGCAGACCGCCAAUUCGUCAUCAGACCAAGAAGCCGCGUCUGUGCCCAGCCAAUCAGAGCGACCAGUGGAGGUGGACCCUGAAGGCCCAUUGGAGGAGCUGCUGACCCGGCGCAGGCACGUGACAGGCGACUCAGGGAUUGAGGUGUGUGUUUGCCAACUAGAUGAGGGCUCUGGGCCAGAGGAGGACGAGGAGCUGGUGUGUCAGGGGGCCACGGGGGACUGCUGCUCUGCCUCUGAUCACCACCACACCCUCAGACACAAAGCGAGAACCCCUGAGCCCCAACCUCAGGGUCAGACCACCAGCACCGGAGACCGCCUGGUCUGAGCUCCACCACCUACCAUCCCAGAGGCUGCUGUUGCUGCCCGAUCUGUGCUUUAGGGAGGGAGACCCAGGAGAGCUCUUGUCAUUGUCAUCAUAACAAUAACUCCGACACCACCAGCAAAUUAAAUGCCCCACAAUAACUCACCAAAUUAACCAGGUUGUCCUGUUGUUUAACAUCCUUCUCAGUUAUGAUCCAUAUAAUGAAGAUGACAAAAAGAAAAGCUCUUAUUUGAGAAAUAUGAUUUUUUUCGUGUGGCUAAUGGCUGAAUUGUUUAAUACCCAUGGUCCCUCUGCUUUGUUUAGUUCUUAACAUGGGGAUGAUGAGGAAGAAUGUUAAGUCUUCCUGGAUGGGGGAGGGGCUAAAACCUCUAGAGACCACCAGGUGGUAAGAAGAGGUGUUGACGCUGGCACAGAAUUGACUACAUCUACCCACCCCUACUGUCUGGCCUGGACAUUUUCUUCUGGUCCUUCUAACAUUUCACCUACGUGGGGACAGGACAGUAUACCGCAACAGUCACCAACCCACAGGCCUCUAGGCCCCAGCACAUAAGGGUCAAAACAGGAAAAUAAUGCUUCAAGACACAAUCCUGACCUGAGGGGACUGAACAAGGUGUACGGACUGUGACAAAAGGAACUUGUUUUGUUUUUGUAAGGGUGUGUACUGUGUAAUCUAGGAGACAGCUGCAAAGUGAUGUCAACCCUGAGUCAUCUUAGCCUGUGCCUGGUUUCUUCGUGGAGUGACGGCAGGGCUAUUUGCAUCGAGAGAAGAGGCUGGGAAGGGGAAGUGAAGCUGUGCCUGUCUCUUAUAGGCUCUCCAUCUCUGGACUGUGUCCCAGUAACACCAGACUCCUCCCCCUGAAUUCCCCCGCUUCCCAUCCCUCGUGACUCCACCUGUACUCCGGUCAACACUGGGCCAGACUGAAAUGUAUUGAAUGGCCUGGAACAGACGUUUUGAUGUGCAGCCAAGUUCUGUCUGUGGCCAAGUGAACUCAAUACUGUAAGCUGUGACAUUAUCCCAUCGCUGUGCCUGCAACUUGGUGUCUAUAAAAAGCCUUGCGGUGGUCGGCUGUGUGUCCCCCAGCCCGGCAGUGAUAUUACCAGGGAUACUGAAGGUUCAGCUCUCUGGUACAUUGCUCCUUUAUCAUUAUCUUGUCAUUGUAUUACUUCUCUCUAAAACCAGCUUUGGCUGAGGCCACUAUUACCCACAUUAAUAGCAACACAGCUCUACCAAGGUGCUGCUGUGGGUGUAUUGUGUGUUUUAUAGGAUGUGUAGAGGAGUAGUCUUAUUUAGGGUAGCCACAAAGUGCCCUGGCCCCUGGUGUAAUGCACUCAACUCACCAGGCUUUAGACCACUUUUAUAAACAAUGCACUAGGAUAUUGCAUGGAAGGCAUGAGUCAUUUUGUUUUUGUCUGUGUGUAGGUAGUGUGUUCUGAUUCGUUGUGUCUGCAACAUAUAGCGACACACUCCUAGGCCAUUGGCCCCAAGCUGGCACUGAUGAAUCUAUACUUAAAACCUUGGUUCACUCAGUCCGAGCCCCACACGACCAGGAGACUCGUGGUGAAGCUGCGUCACU